AUUCAAAUGCUUGAUAAUUGGUAUCCAUUUUCCAACUAUUUUUUAGUGACUCCAUUAGAAAGGGACUUCUCUACACUCCAACUAUAGGAGAAUAAAUUGAUGAUGACAUUGCAGCAUCAUUUGAGCAAAAAAGAGGAAUCAAUUAUUAACAUGAAUAUAUGAGACUAUACAUCGCUAACGUCGUUCUGACUCAAUAACUAAAGGAAUUGCUCUAAGAAAAAGGGGAUUUAAUCUCUAAAAUCAAUAGACUUGAAGUAUUCCCUCCUUUCUUAUUAUUAGGAUGUCGACAUAUGCAAAACUAACUCCAGAAAACUAGAUUACGAGGAAUUGAAGAAACCAGAAGCACUCCCAAAAAAAUAAAUAGGUAUUCUAUUUACAAUUAUCAUUAGUUCAGAAGGUUCAACCAAAUACAAUGAUGAAAAUGCAGUCCCAAAUCAUCAAUAUCAAACUAGAAAAUUAAUUAAGAAGAAUUGA